AUGGCGACCUUCUGCUUCGGUCCGGCCAGAAGCACGGCACUUAUGGCGCUCGCAAGAGAAACUGGUAAACGGAAAAGCAGCAGUGAUAGCAUCGAGCGAGUUGACCUGCCGGAAAAGGUUAAGAAUUCGCGGGUUCUGAUACUCGGCGGCACCGGAAGAGUCGGAGGCUCUACCGCCCUUGCCCUAUCCAAAUUCUGCCCUGAUCUUCGGAUCAUCGUAGGUGGUCGGAACAGCAGGGAUAAAGGUGCUGCAAUUGUGAACAAAUUAGGCAAAAAUUCUGAAUUCUCGGAAGUCGACAUCAACGACAGUAAAUCACUGGAAGCAGCUCUAAAGGAUGUGGAUCUCGUGGUUCAUACUGCCGGGCCAUUUCAGCAGGCUAAUGGGUGCAAUGUUCUUGAAGCCGCUAUCCGGAACAAGACAGCGUACCUCGAUGUCUGUGAUGAUACAACUUUUGCAAUGCGUGCAAAAUCGUACAUGAAGAAGGCAAUGGAUGCAAAUGUUCCAGCUAUAACAACUGGAGGGAUCUAUCCUGGAGUGAGCAACGUGAUGGCAGCGGAGCUGGUUCGUGCAGCCAAAAGUGAAGGCAAAGGUGAACCAAAGAGGCUGAGGUUCUAUUAUUACACUGCUGGCUCAGGUGGUGCUGGCCCGACAAUAUUGUCGACUAGCUUUUUACUUCUUGGGGAGGAAGUCAUUGCAUAUCGUCAAGGAGAGAAAAUUAAGCUGAAACCUUAUAGUGGAAUGCUCAGCAUUGAUUUUGGACAAGGAAUUGGGAAAAGGGAUGUUUUCCUCUUGAAUUUGCCUGAGGUGAGGAGCAUCCAUGAAGUCCUAGGAAUCCCAACUGUCAGUGCACGGUUCGGAACUUCACCUUUUUUCUGGAACUGGGGAAUGGCAGCCAUGACAUAUUUGUUUCCGGCUGAAACCUUACGAGAUCGAAGUAAAGUUCAACAAUUAGUUCAAAUGUUCGACCCGUUAGUCAGGGCAGUUGAUGGAUUUGCUGGUGAGAAGGUGUCAAUGAGGGUCGAUUUGGAUUUUUCAGAUGGGCGGUCCAGGCUAGGAAUAUUCAGCCACAAAAAACUAUCCGUAUCAGUUGGAAUUUCAACGGCUGCAUUUGCUUUGGCCAUUCUGGAAGGUAACACACAACCUGGAGUUUGGUUCCCAGAGGAGCCCCAAGGUAUCGCGGUCAACGCAAGAGAAACUCUUCUUGGUCGUGCAGCCCAAGGAACAUUCAAUUUCGUCAUGAAUAAAGCUCCAUGGAUGGUCGAGACGAAUCCAAAAGAGAUAGGUUUCGGAAUAUACGACAAUUGA